AAAAACAAUACAAUGGACAAUAAUAAUUUGAGUGAUUGUGAAGAUCAUGAGACAAAGCCAGUAAGCACAAAAAAGAGAAAAUGUACGGGUCGGGUAUAAGAUGCUACCAAGUUAAUGAGGCUUCAGUUACAUGUAACUGGUGAUGCCUGUCAAUGCCGACGAUACAGAUGUUUUGAAAAGAUAACUGCAGAUGAAAGAAUGGACAUUGUACGAAAGUUUAAUCUAAUAAAAAGUUGGAAUGAUCAAACAGCCUAUUUAACAGGUCUAAUUUCUCUUUGUCCAGUGGCUCAGCGCCGACCUCGAUUACCGGAAGAUGAGAGUGUCCUGAGAACUUCAACGUUUUAUUACAAUGUGCGUAUAGUUCGUGAUAAUGUAGCAGUUGAAGAGCGAGUUUGCAAGAAUGCGUUUGUUUCUCUACAUGGUUUAACAAGAGGUAGAAUAGAAACCAUACAAAAGAGUCUCCAGAUGAAGAACACAUUAACAGUUUCAAGGCUAGAGCAAGCCACUAGUCUUAAUAAAACUAAGAUAAUUUAUUUAUCUGCCGAGUUAAAUGUGAAAAAAAUGUAUGAUAUGUUUAAAGAAAAAUUUCCUCAAGUUAAUGCUAGUUAUGAAACUUACCGCUCCAUAUUUUGCAGCAAGUUUAAUAUAUCCUUUGGAUAUCCCCGUAGUGAUACUUGUAGCUUCUGCGACCAAUUAAAAGUACAGAUUGAUGCAUGCCAAGAGGAAAAGGGCAUUAAGGAUUUGAUGUUUCAACAAAAACUACAUCUAGCGAAAGCCGAGGUAUGCUACGCACGUAAAAAGCAGGCCAGGUUGAGGAGUAGAACAAAGGCAGACACUGAAGCAAAAUGCAUGGAUUUCGGAAGAAAUUUGCCCAUGCCAAAUUUAUCCACGAAUGAUGUAUACUACGGCCGGCAGUUAUCAUUAUUUUCAUUUAUUGUACACAAACUCUCAAAUUCUGAAGUAUUCUUUUAUGCUUAUCGUGAAAGAGUAGGAAAAAAGGGCGCGAACGAAGUCUGCUCAUUUUUAUUUGAUUAUAUUACCUUGAAGUUACCUGCUGAAGUUAGAAACUCACAGAUAUUCUGUGAUUCGUGCUCCGGACAGAAUAAGAACUUUCCCGUGUUCAAAUUUUUACAUUACUUAAUCCAUCAUCGUUCCAAGCUUGAGUCCAUUGAAGUCACAUUUCCCAUUCGAGGUCACUCCUACAUAGAAUGUGAUAAGGAUAUGGGGAUCUUAAACGGAAAGUUUCGGGCGGAAGUACCGGAUGACUGGUGUAAAAACAUAGAAACCGCUUGUUUAAAGCCCGCACCAUUUCUUGUUGAAAAAGUUGAUGAAAAAAUGUUCUUUUGCCACACGUCCAAUCCGGCAAUUAAAAAUUACCAAGGAACAUCCUCGCUUAGUUUUUCAUCGAGAUACUUACAAUGGUCUUUGGAACUCGUCAGUAAUUGUACCUCCAAGAAAAAAGAGAAUCACUGGUCCGCCGCUGCCCGACGGUCAGUUUUACCACCCACCAGUCGCAACUUUUGAUGAUAUACCUAUCCCUUUGGAAAAAUACAAGGACCUGCAUAAGUUAAAAAAAAUUUGCACCCCAGAGAGUCAGCUUUUUUAUUCUAAUUUAAAACACAAGUAGAGGUAACUCCUUGGCUUGGUGAGUUAUGGUUGAUUGUCACGAAAUUACAUGCCUAAUUAAUACUUUGUUUUUUACAGCUUUUUUCAGUUCAUCCCAUAAGAACCGAACCCAGGAGAGAAGUUUUAUUUUCUUCUAUUAUAACAACCAUUCUUUUAUAAAUACCUACAUAU